UGUCCCUGCGGUGUGGUGGUGAGGGAGAAGCGGAGGCUCGCUGGGAGGCGAGGAGCAGCCGAGGGAACUACGACAGCCGCCGCCGGGCGGUCGCUCGCGAACCAGACUGAAGACUGGGAGCUGAUUUCCACCGCAGCCCAUAAAGAUGGUGAUCAAUGUCUGUCUUCCACAAUUCAAGCCAAGAAUUCAUUGCAACAAGAUCUCUGCUGACGGAUAUGAGGUAGAAAACCUGAUCACAGAAGACCUUGCCAAGAGAAACCGUGGAUUCCGCUGUGAAUAUUUCAUUAAGCCCCCAGUCCACGUGACUCUUUCCUUCCCCUUCAAUGUAGAAAUUUGUCGGAUUAAUAUCGACCUUUCCUCAGGGGGCUGUCACAAUAUCACUGGCCUGGAUAUUUGCACCUCUACCUCCUCCAGCAAAGCCUCUUGGAGCCACCCAGAGCCUCUGUUCUUGGGUCUGGACGCUCAGCCCGCGUUGGACAAAGAGGUCUUCACCCUGGUGGGCAAAGCCGUUCUGAAGAAUCAGAGCAAAGUGACGUUUAGCCACCGAGGCUUCAGGCCAAGGCCUCCCUUCCAUCACCAGAUGGACACUCUCUUUUCUUUUUCUGGCUCUGCCUCGCUAGACCUGUGGAAUAAAGGCCCAGCGUCCCUGAGCAGCGUGUCGCAUGUGCGGAUCUGCAUCACCCAUGUGGCCGGGGGCGGCCUGCCCUGCAUCAGGAAGGUGGAGGUCUGGGGCCAGCCGGCCAAGGCCUGCCCCCACGAGGUGGUCAGCGACGUGUUCCGCGUGGCCUCGGAGUCCUUGGCCCAGGGCUUUGGGGGGCAGGCCGCCAGCCUCCCGUCGCCCAUGGAGAGCGACACGGUGGCCCUCAGCGGCUCCGACAGCCAGGAGCCGAAGCUGAUGGAGGCCAUUCAGGACGUCCCGGAGGAGUUCCUGGACCCCAUCACUCUGGAGGUGAUGACGCUGCCCAUGCUGCUGCCCUCCGGCAAAGUGAUCGACCAGGGCACCCUGGAGAAGUGCAACCGGAGCGAGGCGUCGUGGGGGCGGGUGCCCAGCGACCCCUUCACCGGGGUGGCUUUCAGCCAGCACGCGCAGCCUCUUCCCCACCCCUCCCUCAAGGCACGGAUCGACCACUUCCUCCUCCAGCACAGCAUCCCCGGCACGAACCUCCUGGGGAGGGCGCAGGCCCUGGGGACCAUGGUGGCCUCCUCGAUAGCCAUGUCCUCUCUCAAACGGAAACUAGACCUUGUGGCGCAGAGCCCGGGCGGCCACCGCAACAUGGAGCCCCUCCCCAGUUCCCCGGCGGACGUGGUCGCCGUGUCUUCCCUGGAGUCCCGGGCUAAAAAAAUGAAAAUGGAGUGCGAGUCGAACUCCCAGAUGGACUGCUCCACAGAUCUGAUCUCUCACGAACAGAGGCUUUCGGAAAGCUUGGAUAGCGCCUUGAAUUCCGCACUCAGCAACAUACCCUUGUUCACAGCCAGCUUGACCAAGGGCCAGCAAGCCCCGCACGGCGCCGGCACUGCGAGCAACUCGUGGGACGCGAGCAGCGCACAUGAGCACGGCAGGAGCGGCGGUGGCGGCCAGGGAUGUGCGUCCUGCUCGCGGACCUUCUCUGUGUACUUCAAGAUGGAGCCCGUUUACCAGCUCCCUUGCGGCCACCUGGUGUGCCGGUCCUGCUUGGCUGAGAAGCAGAAAUCUUUAUCAAUACUGUGUAUGAAUUGUAAAAGGUUGGUUGCCACCCACGACAUCAUGCGGGUCCAUUUCUGACGCCGUUUCGUGACGCCCUCUCCAGAAUGGAAUGUUUUUUUUUAAAGGGGGACCAAGGAGUGGGAGACGCCACUGUCCCUCUCCUUUGAGUCAUGCAAGGGUGCAAUCCUGCACAGACCUUGCCGGAAGGAAUUCUGUGCGGAUCGAAGAGGUCGCGAUGCCCUUAGAGAGACUAGGCGGGGAUGUAGGAUUGUACGUUGCGCCAGAGCUAAAGCGAUCAAAGGAUAAUAAAGCCAUAUUCUAACUUUUUUUCCCAGAAAGCUCAUUUAUACACAAACGUGGCAUCCAUGUAACCGAGCUCUGCCACCUCUCAAGCAGCCCAGGCGUAAUUGUUUGUGGCCGAGAUGCGGCACCUUCACAUUCCAGGCAGUCUGUUCAGUAAGGAAGCUUUUGGGUUUCAGGAAGGCAAGUCCAGAACUAAGGAGAGCGUAUCUGCCGGAGCACCCGUCCAUUAUCAGCCUCGUCCCUGCAUUGUUCUUUCCAGACAUGCAAAAAAACCCAGACUAGCAAAUCCAGACUGCCUUUUCUGAAGGCCAGAUAACUUCCAGGGAGCGGGGAGCACUGGGCAGGGUCUGAAGAGUGCUGGUGUGAGUCUUCAUUAGUUGUGCAGUUUGUCUAAAAGGUCCGUGUGUGAUACACACACACAUACAUCUGUCGUCACUCUUGAUUUCUGUUGUGCAACCGGGGAGGUGACGUGGUCAGCUCUGUUCCUGUCUAGCAGGUAAAAAUGUAUAAGCCUUAAUAAAACUGUGAUCAGAAGUCACUGAUCUCUUUCAGGCUUA